CUAAAGACUGGAAAAGUGAGAGACACUCUUGGCUUGCUUGACUCCUAGUGCCGGGGUCAACAAGUCAACCCAAAAAUCUUUUUAAAAACCCCUCUUGAGCAUUGUUCUCUGCAUCCAUUGCUCAAUAUUUUGCUGCUACAAAAACCACACGUACUUUAAAUAAUGGGCAACGAUACCAUAUCCUCUUCUAUUUAUUCUGUUAUGCUCCUAGUAAUCAGCAUGGCAGCUUGUGUUAGCACAUUUUCAAUUCCAUCAUCUGCAAAAUCAUCAUCGUUGUCGUCGUUUUCAUCUUCAGUAGAGGCGGAAGCUCUGCUGAAUAGUGGUUGGUGGGGAAACUUUUCUUUGGCAAAUCGUUGCUCCUUGAAAGGCAUCACUUGCAAUAGAGCAGGAAGUGUCGUUCGGAUGGAAGUUCGUCUCUUUGAUUCAGACGGAUGGCUUUCAAACAUGAAUUGGUCUUCCUUGCCAAAUCUUGAAUAUCUUGAUCUCAGUUACUCUUACUACUUAUUAGCUGGGGAAAUUCUGGGUGAAAUUGGUACUCUCUCCAAGCUCACCCACCUUGACCUUUCUAACAUCCUUAAUAUUGGAGGUGUUAUACCCCCUACCCUGGGAAAUCUCACCCAAUUAGUCCAUGUCAACUUAUCGAGGACUGAUAUUGGAGGUCCAAUCCCUUCAUCUAUUGGAAAUUGGAGAAACUUGAUCCAUUUGGAUCUCAAUUCAAAUAAUCUCAAUGGCUCCAUCCCUCCUGAAAUAGGGAAUCUGAAGAAUUUGGUCGAGAUGAAUUUGGGUUUAAACCACCUUCAAGGUCCGAUCCCUUCAUCCAUUGGCAAUCUAAGUGCUCUUACCUAUUUGUCUCUCUGUUCAAAUCAACUCAGCUACUCAAUCCCUCCACAAAUUGGGAACCUAAAGAGUUUGGUAGAGAUGGAUAUGAGUUCCAACAUCCUUAUUGGUUCAAUCCCCUCAUCUAUUGGCCAUUUAUCUAAUCUCACCUGGUUCUAUCUCGAUUUAAAUCAACUCAAUGGUCCCAUCCCUUGUGAAAUUGGUAAGCUAGAGAAUUUGGUACAAUUGAAUAUAUCUCUCAACAACCUUGAUGGUCCAAUCCCAUCAUCUAUUGGUAAUUUAAGUUAUCUUACCCAUUUGUCUCUCCAUUCAAAUCAACUCAGCAGCUCAAUCCCUCCGGAAAUAGGUGUUUUAUCAAGUUUGACCUAUAUGUCCCUGGCUUCGAAUAUGCUUGACGGUGUAAUUCCUUCAUCCAUAGGGAAUUUGGCUUAUUUGACUCACUUGGACCUCAGGAUUAACCUCCUCACAGGUCCUAGCCCGAAUAUUAUUUGUGGAUUGAAGAACCUGAAGAUAGGAGGACUCUGCAGAUUGGAGUAUCUGGGGUUGGGUAGAAAUGACUUAGUUGGACCCAUACCCAGCGGACUUACUUAUUUGCCACACCUGGCGUACUUGGAUCUCUCCCAAAAUAAUCUAUUCGGGAAUAUCCCCGCUUGUCUUUGUUUAUUAGCAACUGUCAACUUUUCAUACAACCAUCUCAAUGAGUGUCCGCAUGAGGUUUGCCGUAAAGCAGUUGAUUCCUCCUAUUGUGUGGCCAAUAAGGGAAAGGAAAUUAAACAUAAUAAUCUUUUCUUUUGUCUACUUUUCAUAGCGUUACUUGUCAUCCUUGUCUUAGUUGCGAGAUCUUGUUUCCAUAACCCCCAAAAAAUCCAAAGUGAGGCAAGAGCAAUGAAUCACGUGGAUAUUUGCUCCAUAUGGAAUUAUGAUGGAAGAAUUGCAUAUGAAGACAUCAUCAAAGCAACAAAUGACUUUGACAUUAGAUAUUGCAUUGGAACAGGCGGUUAUGGUAGUGUCUACAGAGCUCAGUUGCCAAGUGGCAAAGUAGUUGCCUUGAAGAAAUUUCAUCGGUUUGAAGCAGAAGACCCAACUUUCGACCAUUGUUUCAGGAAUGAGGUCCAAAUGUUGUCUAAUGUACGACACAAAAACAUCGUGAAGCUUUACGGAUUUUGUUUGCACAACAGAUGCAUGUUCUUGGUGUAUGAGUACAUGGAAAAAGGAAGUUUGUUUUGCACCCUAAGAUUCGAUGUCGAAGCUUCUGAAAUUGGAUGGACUCAAAGGGUAAAAAUCGUUGAAGCAAUGGCACAUGCUUUAUCCUACUUGCAUCAUGAUUGCACCCCGCCAAUUGUUCAUCGGGACAUAUCAAGCAACAACAUUCUGUUGAACUCUCAACUAGAGGCUUUUGUCGCUGACUUCGGAACUGCCAGAUUGUUGCAUCCCGAUUCAUCCAACCAAACUGUUAUUGCAGGCACUUAUGGAUAUAUUGCACCAGAACUUGCCUAUACCAUGGUUGUGACUGAAAAGUGUGAUGUUUAUAGCUUUGGAGUUGUGGCACUAGAAACGAUCAUGGGAAGGCAUCCGGGAGACCUCCUAUCAUCCUUGACGUCGCCUCCAAGCGAAAACAUGAUGAUAACCGAUGUCCUAGAUUCACGCCUUCUGCCUCCAACAAAUCCAAUAGUUGCGGGGGACAUCGUUCUAGUUGCUACAAUGGCAUUUGCAUGUUUAGAUCCCAAGCCCAAGUCCCGACCAUCGAUGCUACACCUGUCUCAAGAGUUUCUUUCUCGUCGGAAAGCUCUGGCUGCACCCCUUCGUACAGUAUCAUUGCGGAAUCUGUGGAAUCGGAAAAUGGACUUUGUCCACCAAUCAAAUGAGCAUGUGAUCAGUGCCCAAGUUUGAAAAGAGAUUUCACAUCCUUUUCAGGCGUUAGUUGUUAUGAUCAUUAUGAAUGUGUUUUAAGAAAAUGUCUAUCCCAAAGGAGCAAUGCUGUAUUAGUUUA